AUGCAAGAGAGGAUUGGGAAGCACACCCCCCCGUCAUCUGGCAGUAUGCAUCACUGGAUCCCGGAGAUGUCAAAGGGGGCGACGGCGACGGCGGUUUGGCCUGCGAGUGGACAAACGUUUGGAAGGUACGAGCUCCCGGAGGGGACGGUGCCGGAGUGGGGUCCUGGCUGCGGGCAGCUACCACUCAGGACUAGUCGCAACGACACAGACUGGCCUGCCCUGCACGGCGCGGCCGUGCGCUGCCUGAGGUCGUGGUCCGAGUCCCGCGGGGAGGAGAGGGACGGGGUUUGCGCCGUGCAGGGCUCGGCGCCGCUGCAGUGCUACCAGAACCAUCAUUGCAGGGACUCCGGGCAGGUCUGUUCCGCAUGGGGCAGGUGCGUGGAUGGCUAUGUCCUGAUGCGGAACAAGGGGUACUCCCCCUGGCAGGUCGUCCCGGAGUUCCUCCCGCGCCACGGCAUGUGCGGGUUCCGAGAGUGGUUCGAGUAUGAGACGAUCCGGGCGAGGCCGCCGGGGGCGGCGAGCCCCGGCACGCUGGCGGCGGUGAACCCGGAUGUGCUCUGGUACAGCACAAUCCCCUAUGUGACGGACGCGGUGGUGAAGCAGGGUCUGUUCGAGAGGGGUAUCCUGAAGGAGUUCUAUGUACAGGGCUACCAUACGCUCGGGCGCAAGAUCAACCGGGUGCAGAAGGAUGGGAGCUGCAUCGAUUCCGGGAAUUGCCUGGCGACCCCCUACCAACUGCAGGACGGCCUAUUCUGCGGUGCUGCGGGAUAUCUGAAGGCCCUGGACCCUUCGGACGUGGCGAGGAGGUACGACCCGAUAUGCAGGGUGGACCCCCUGGUCACUCCCCUGGUGAGGAUGUUCUGCACCGCCGAUAGGGCGUCCAUAUCGAGUGCCUGUGACCUCGACCCGAGCUAUGCCACCGUGUCCAACGUCCAGGAGCUCUGCAGACUCUGGGACGAGGACUACAACUACCAGUCGCUGCCCAACAUCGACCGCGCGCUCAACCGGGCGCUUCUCCGCUUCUUCAAGCGCGGUUUCACGACCUGGGACGAGUACCAGAGGCGGGCGACCUGCGCGGCGACGGUGUUCAACCUGAUGGGGGUGUACGCGGGGCAGCAGACGCAGGGCACGGGCGGCACGCAGUGGUACUCCGUCGAGCUCGAGCCGGGGGUACCUACCUAUUUUCCUCCCUAUGCUUCGCUGUACGUCUUCCGCGACGCUUCCCAGAUGGAGAUCCCGGCGGCGUGGUGGGUGCAGUGCGUGCUGCUGGACUCUUCCGUGAACGUGGAGCUCCUUGAAAGUGCAUCCACCGACCAGGUGCCGUGCCGCGGGUGGGAGAACGCCAAGACCGCGGGGUACCAGCCGCAGACGGUGCGUGACUUCCUCCUUAGCUCCCCGAGGGUGUACCUGGAAUCCGGGAUGAACUCGCCUACCAAUGAGACGCAGAUCGCGCUGAGCAUCUACGACAACCUCUUCGAGCAGGUGUCCCUGGCAAGGCACACCGUGCAGGGCGCCAUGGGGGGAGGGGAGCAUCGGCUUUCCUAUGUGUAUUAUCGCACCUUGAAGGACCUGUAUCUCACCGACGAGGACUACAAUGAAUUCGCGAAUGCGGUCGACAGUGGUGGCAACAGCAACAACGAUAAGGUGUUCAAGACCAAUGCCGUACCCCGGGAUGACGGGACAUACCCCUUCUACGACGAUUCCGACAUCCCCGGCAUAUUCCAGCAGGUGGUGAACUACAUGAUGAGCGGGAGUGUCAGGGAUGGCUACUUCCCCCCCGGGUCGGGUGUGAACCGCCUGUCCAAGGCGAUGGGAUCGUUCACGAAGACGUCGCUCUCGGACGGCUUCCUCGAUCUCGGCCCUGCGUACUUCGACCCAUCCCUGGGCGUGCUGCAGUACACCCUGCCGACCCUGGCGCCUUCGUUCUUCGAGGCGGAGUUGGACAGGAUCCUUGCGGGAGUGCUGAAGCAGGAGGAUGACCUGCAAGAUUGGAAAGAUAUCGGGCUCGAGUAUGAGUACGAUGCCUUCAAGGACUAUGCCACCCUUGCCGACCUUUCCACAGGGACUAUGCGCAUGACCAAGUGCCUCAAUGUCAACUUCAAUACCUCCGAGCCCGGGGUGAAUCAGAACUUCAUCAGGCCAUUCGUGAGGCUGCUGGAUCAGAACGCCGGGGGUGAGGACAUAUAUGUCUGUGACAGCGAUGUGGGCUACGACAGGCGCACCGGGCAGAGCUGUGGGCUGAUGCAUGACUCGUUAGAUGACAAUUGCUCCACUCGAUUCGUCUAUCUCCGCGAGUACAACAACGGGGAGGGCAUCGUGGUGCAGACGCAUUGCAAGCAACCCCUCUUUGUGCGGGAUCUGGUGGAAGACGACAAGCGUAAGAUCGCGGACCUCUCCCGCCUCGACCUUGACACGGCAAACCCCGCGGGGGCCAUCUGCCUCCGCACGGAUUCCACGUGCUUGCAGGGCGGUGGGUUGGAGGGGAGUUCGGUAGGAGUGGUGUCCGUCGUUCCCACCUUGGGUGUGGAGGUGCAGACAUUCUACCGCGAGAUGCAGAGCGGUGACCCCAACUCCGACAAGUUCUACGGGCCGCUGUACCAGAAGGCUUCCACCCGCUGGUACCCAGCGUGGGCCUGGACGGGCUGGGAUAGGGCGCGCGUGGAGCAGGCAAGGGAGAUUCUGCUUGCUAGAGAGAAUGCGGAGGGCUCGAGCCCCAACCUACAGGUCCUGGACCUAGAGGCGAUCUGGAAUAGCAGCAGCACCCGCCCGGUGAGCUUCUCCGUCCGCUGCAACGUCUCCUCGUGCACCACCAGCACCGGGGUUUCGUUCGAUUGCGGCAGCGACGGCCAGUGCAACGUCCGGAUGGAUAACAUGGCCGUCCAUGCCAUGUCCCUGCGCCUGACCGAGCCCUCCGUGUACUUCUGCGCGUCCAGCGAGGCGCAGGCGAGGGAGCGGUGCCCGGCGCGGAGGACGAACGACAGCGUCCUGGUGGAGAUCAGGAACAACCUCUGGUACUGCAAGGCCGACUGCGUGAGGAAGACGCUCCUGAAGUACGUCGGGAAGCACUCCAUCAAGUACCGCGGACUCAGGGAGGACGUGCUGGGCUUCACCCCCUCGGACAGGAGCGCAAUCGGGCUGAGCGAUACGAGCAACGCCCGGGACGGCUAUUCGCAGAAGGACAGCUUCCGGCUGGUGCACCACCUGAUGAGGAAGCAGAUCUUUGGCUCGGGUAACGCGCUCCCUGGCUCCAUCUACAACAGCGUCUGGAUGAAGCCCAGCGCGCUGAGUGCCUCCUUCAUGGACCGCCACUCGCUCUACCCCUUCCAGGCCCUCACCCUGUACGAUUACGUGAAUUACGUCGAGCAGGCCGACACGAUGCGGAAGCAGCCGCUGGACACCUGCAUCAACCAGGCGGUCGACGUCACCGAGUGCUCGAAGGACCAGAUCACGGGGCAGCGCGUCCAUCGCAGCAGCCUGGAGCAGUGCGCCUCGGAGCUGAAGCGGAGGUCUUCCUUGGUUGCCAAUCCGGGCUACGCUGUGCUUGUGAAGCUGAGGGGAGAGGAGCUCACCUCUUCGCAUCUGCUUCAUUGGGCGGCGGCAUCGCGCCCGGAGAGGGACCGUUUCGUCGACUGGGUGACGAGCGCCGGCCGUUGCUCGGAGACGCGCCAGUCCGAGGCGGUGUGCUACCUGACCGGGGACGGGAAUGUGUUCACCAUCAACCCCUGGCUGGGCGGCGGGUUCAAUAUCCACGAGGCCUGCGACACCGUGCCGCUGCCGGAGCAGCUCACCCGGGUGAUCAGCGCGGACUGCUUCCCCCAGGGGUCCGGGACUUGCAGGAAUUACACCGCCCUGGUCUAUACCCCCUGUGUCUCCAAGAACAAUCAGCCCCCGAGCAGGACGGACAUCUUCACCUCCGCCUCCAACAAUCUGUGUGAGAAGGCGCCGCGCCCCAACUCAACCUGCCUGCAGAGGCAGGGUCUGUACGGGGGCGGGGAGGGGGAGGGCAUGACCGAUCUGUACACUCGGCCUUUGUAUUCCAUGCCCUACUCGGGGAUCUUCGGCAUGGAGCCCAACCCUUCCUACCAUUCCAGGACUCCGUCCAAUGGCAUUCUAAGGCAGUCCUUCAUGGAUCUGGGGGGUGGUUUCUUCGUCGCGGACCUUCAGACCCUGGAGGAUGGGAUGACCGACAACCUGCUGCCGGCCUGCAUGCCGCUCUGGUACCCCACCAAGGCAGACGGCUCCCCCGACCUUGCGGGCAGGGACCCGUGCUCGAACAACAGCAUGGACUGGCUCUCCUCUUACUCCGUCGAUUCCCGCGUCGACUACGACCUUAACCGGGUGGAUCUCGGGAACACCGUGGCGGAGGGCCAGCUGCCGCCGUGGGACUGCCCCGUCCGGGAGAUGCACUUCUGGGGCGGGGGCGACGCCUCCUUCCGGCCCAGGGCGCCAUACGGGCCGAGGGCAGGGGUGAUGUUCUUCGAGGCGAGCAACAUGGGGGGGAGUGCCGGAAACGGGAUGUCGAAUCCGGUGCAGCCCUAUGGGGUGGAGAUGCCCGGCCUGCAAAGGCCGUACUUUGCAUCGGAGAUCUGCAGCUGCUCCUCUGCGGGGGACUGUUCGUUCCAGGUCGUUUCCAAGGAGAGCUGUUCUAUCCUUUCAACGGUUGAUUUCCUCUCGGGGGAGAAGUGGUACACCCAGCAGGCGCACGCCGGGGCGGCGGGCUGCCGGACCUCUACUGACUGGCCGCACUCGGGGGGCAUGCUAAGGGACGGGACUUACCUGACCGCCUCUGCUCAGGACUGUCCCGUCCACGACCGCCUGCGCGAGUUCCAGCUGCGCUACAUCCCUGUGCAAGUCACAGCGGAUGCCGGGAGGACCACCCUGGACGAAGGCGGGGAAUGCCACAUGGGGAGGAUGGUCAGCGUGCCUUCCACCGUCCCGCUCGGGGGGCAGUGCCACCGCUACAACUACUCCCACCUCGAGUGCUCGGUGACGGCUAUCUCCGGGGGAGAGGGUGCAGUGACGGAGGUUAGCUACCACCACCUGGAUGUUCCUAGGUCGACCAUGUACCUGGAACAGCUGUCACGGAACUUCCGCAGGCGCUGCGGGCAGUGCCAGGCUCCCCCCAAGACGGAGAAGUUCGUCAACAGGGCUGAUCGGAGCAUCCAUGGCGUCAGCUACCUCGCCGACGGCCGCUUCACGAGCUUCGGCGUGCCCGUCAGGCUGUCCCUCGCCCGCAUGCUGGCCCGGGACAUACGGCAGCAGGUAUGCGGGAAUCAGGCGCAGUGUUCCCUGCUGGACUCCGUGGCGAACACGAACGAAUGGACGAUCGACAACUUCAUGGGGAAGUACCUCCGUGACAUCGCCGGGCUCUUCACCUCGGGAGGGGCUGCGGGGAGCAUCACCCCGCCUGCUCCCAGCCUGGUGGACGACACGAUGUUCUGGGGGCGCAACUGGACCUUCUGCACGGAGACGGAGCGCAACCUGACGACCGGGCAGUACCGACGGGAGUGCUUCGGGAGCAUACCGAAGGACACCUGGAUGCAUCCCUCGCUGCGCAGCCCUUCCUGCAAGUCCGCGAUGCUGUCCAGCACCCCCACCCGGGCGGCGAUGAUCCCUGUGAGGAUCUGCACCCUCGAUGCCACGAUGAACGACCUCUGCAUCCGCAUCGGUGACUUCAUCCAGCGCAUCCAGGCGGCCAACUGCAAGGCAGCGGGGGUGUGCAGCGACCAGAAGUUCCUAUACAACCCGGCGGCUUACAGCAUCUCGAACCAGCAGUUCAUCACGGAGACGGUCCUGGACUUUUACGAGUCGGUGUCCGCCGGGGUCUGCGCGGCGUCCUACACCACGGGGAUGGUGGCCGAGGUCAUCGCGCAGAACAAUGUCAUGAGGGGCAAGUGCCCGGCCCAGAUGCUCGUCCCGGUGCAGACCACCAUCUCCCAGCUGCGCCAGGUCGUACAGACGCUCGUGAAGCUGGCGUAUUACGUUGCAAUGAUCGUGAUCAACUUCCUCAGGCUGGUCACCGGGUUGCCCUCCAAUGAGGUCAUGCCAGACGUCUUCCGGUGGCUCGACCUGUUCAUUAACGAGGCUAAGGUCCUCUUCGACCAACUGGGAAACAUGCUCUUCGGGAUCAUCCAGGCGACCCCCUUCGGAGAGCAGCUAAUGAUCAUCAUCCGGAUUAUCUGCACACUCUUGAAUUGGUUCAUCAUGUACUUUUGGCUCCCUGUCAUGUGUCCCAUUCUUCAGGGUGUGGGUCAUGUCUCCCUCUUUAUCGCUAACAUCCUUAAGGGAAUUGCGGAGAUAUGCAUCCUUGGUAUAUGCCCUUUUGAGUGGAUCACAUACCAGAUCCCGUUAAAGGUCGGUGAGAUGCUCGUGGGCAUGGACUGCACCCCACGAGAGGUAUUGGACUGCAACAUCGGGGAUAACUACCAGCCCAGCGCCGGGGACGGGACGCUCCCCACCCCGACGCGCUGCUGGGCCAGCUACUUGAGCAGCGUGGCCGAUUCCGGGAAGUUGUCGUGCUCUGGUGCGGACACCUGCGCCAGGGGGUUGACCUCGGACAAUGCCGAUACGGUAGUGUGCGAUGCGUGCCCCUUCGGUGCCGACGUCACCGUCACGAACCGUUUCGGCUGCGACCCCAUCCGCAAGCAGUGCUCCUGCAAUGUCCAGCAGAUCUCGCAGACACCCUGCAUGACGCACGAGCAGUGCAUCAACCAGGCGGGAGCUACCUGCGUGUUCAUGAAUAGCCGCGUGGAGCAGACGUUUGGGAACAUACCCUGUGGUCAGUGCACCAGCCAGCCCAUGUGUGUGAUCCAGCCUGGGCAGACCUACGGGUCUUGCUCUUGCUUCUUGACGAAGGUGGUACCGGAGUCUUGCUCUGUGAGUGAGGUAGGGAUGAAUGUUCAGUACAAGCUAUCCGGGCUGUGCCUGGCGCAGGUUUCAGGUAGCAUGGGCGGCUUCACCGCCGAGACGAGCUCUACCUACACAAUUAGCUACAACAACCUCCUUGCAACGCCGUGCUACAACGCGGAUUCUUCCAGGAUCUAUUGCUACAGCGUCUACAGCUCGGCCUUCAGCUACGCUCCCAUGCUCGUCUCCCUGGGUGUCAGCGGGCUCUCCGGUUCCGGCUCCCAGUCCCCCUACGGCAGGCGCUUGCUCGGCAUCGAAGGCGCUCCUGACUUUUUCAGCCACGACGAGCUCUGCAUGGACGCCUGGGACGACUUUCUCGCCACCAACCGCAGCACGAGGGUGAUGGCCGGUUGUGUCACCCGGUUUGCCGCGACCUACGACGUCGUGUCGGCGCACGGGCUGCUGGACUACAUCCCCCCGAACAUGUUUGUGAGCUGGGCGGACUUCCUGACCACAGUGGGUGACAGGCCGGACUCCCUCCUGGUCCUCCUGUACUCCCCUGGCCUUGCCUUCGAGCUCCUCCUCCGCACCCCCCUGUACCACCGCCUGGUCAGGCACUACCGAGCCUGGACGGCCGCGCUGACGGAGCUUUACCUCGACGUGACGGUGCACCGCAGGAUCCAGCCCAACGGCGGGCUGCACUAUGAGGUGGACGCAGAGGGCGGCGUGUUCAUCCAUGGGCACAACAUCAGCGAGUUUACACUCAUUCUCCUCAAUCUGCUCCACAGGUUUAAUCUGAGCGCGAAUACGUUGUACCCUGGUAACGUAUCCCUUGCCAUCCGCAACCAGGAGUCUGUCCGAAAGUUGCUGUCUAUGACAGCCACCUCGCCACUCGCCACGGAGCUUCUCUACAACGGGACGGGGAUACAGGAGAGACUUUCACGCAGGCAUCUCCUCAUGUUUACAUCGUGGAAGACCCGCAUGGAGGAGGUCCAGCGCUUUACGGGCACUGUCGCCUUGAACGACGGGGUCCCGAUGGCCGUGGGAAGAGAGACGGCGGCGGACUGGGUCGACAGCCCGUUUGCCUGGCCGCUCCAGUUCGACUUUGGUGGGACGAUCUUCGAGUGCCCGCUCCUCGCCAGGACGUUUGAGUUGACACGCGAUGCAUUUACCAACACAUCGCUGUACUACGCCAACGGGCACACCCUUAAAGCAACCCCCCGCAGCAUCGUCUCGGGCAGCUGGCCCUUCAGCAACCUUCCCUACCGCGGGCCGGUGCCUCCCUUGAAGGAGCCCGCCCGGCAGACCUUCCUGAACAUGCUGGUGUUCCGGGCAUUGCAGUGGAUCGACCAGACCCCCUUCAACCGGCAGUUCUUCUACGACCUCUUCAGCGCCUUACCCGGGAUGCUCAGGGAUUUUGCCCGCUGCGACCGCCAGGCGGUGAUGCUCUGCAGCCGCCACCACUACACGCUCCUCGUCUCGGGCUUCGUCAUCGCCGUGGUGUGGUCUGGAGUGUCGCUCGUGGCGUCUUCCUUCCGCAUCCCGUACCUGACCACAUUCCUCUGGAUGGUUCCCACCUGCAUCUUCCAGGAUUUCGUCGAGGUCCUCAACUUCUUCUUCCCCGCCACACUCCGCUUCCCCGACAGUCUGCAGAAGAGCCCCGGCUGUCUGGACGCAGCCCCGAAUGCCACGGCCAGGAAGGACUGCCUCCUCUCCUGCUCCCUCCAGCCCUUUGAGUACGUCUCCUGGGAGUCCGAGGUGGCGUGGUGGACUUGCUUCGCCUCUACCGGCCUGUGUCGGUCCGUCGAUGGCGUGGUGACGAGCAUGCCCCUCCUCAACAAGCUGACCUCUCUCCACCGCGAUCUCGUCGUCAAGGCCGCCAUCGUGGAGGGCGAAAACGCGGACAUGAUCCUCGCCCAGUCCGUCUGCGCCGCGCUCAACGUAUGGAGGGUCAUACCCAUCGUGAUCCUACUCUUCAUCGUCAUGUACGCCUUCAGCGUCAUCGCCACCUUCCCCUUCUUCGUGGUCAACGAGUUCGUCCGGCUCGCGAUACAGGGCGUCAUCAUGAGCCACACGGACUGA